AACACGAGGGACCCCUCGCACGUGGAGCAAGGGUUAAGAGGGCUCCUCUGACUCACGGCCACGUGACUGCCAUCCCAGGCUCCCGGAGGUGGUGGCUGGGCAGCCCUGCACCAGGGCUCCGUGAGUAGACGUGCUCAGGAGGACGGCGGGUGCCCGGCUCUGAGGUUUCUUCUUUGCUCAGCGAAGUUAAGCUGGGAGGGGAAGGCAGUGAGGGGGGAAAAGGAAGUAAGAGUCUGUGGUUUGUGGACUUUGUCUUAAGGUUUGCUGGAAGGACACCUGCUUGCAGUUAGCGAUACCGUAAGCUGUGUUUCUGACUUCAUUAAUUCUUUCUUUCUUCCUCCGUGUUGAGCAGAGAGCACACCAGGGAGAUCGUGGCUUUUUACGUAUAGAAGUUACAGCUAUGGAGAGAUGAAGUGCAAAUUUGCCAGCGAGCUUUCUGUUGCACAGGACCAGAUAGUGAAUCUUCAGUAAAAGGCUUGAAGCAGCCAGAAGCUGACUGACUCUUCUGCACCGGUUUUAUCCUUGGACUCACCUGUCCACCUACCUGCCACCAACACCCAGAAUGACAUAUGCCUGGUAUUGGCUUGAUGAUUCUGGGCAGUGGAUUGAGUAUGGCAAACAGCAUCCGGAUCAUUGCUCUGCCACAGUAACAUCUGCAGAUCUGGAGAAAGCAUUUUUAGCUAAUCAGAAAGGCACUCUGUUGUUCAGGGCUGGUUCUCAGCAAUAUGAGAUAAACUUUGGAGACAUGGUCCAAAGAAAUUUGAUCUAUGAAACUCGAAGAAAAGUUGUCCGAUUGCCAGGAUUUCUGUCUUCUGGAAGUGGACAAGAAAGAAGCCAGUUACACACAACUCUGAUGUGUUCUCUCUAUCCUCCAGAAUGGGACCAAUCCGCACUGCCUGAUAUAGGGUACAAGUUGGUAGAGCUCAGGUACACUGCCAGUGAAUACAAAAAAAUUGAAAGUCUGUUUCAGAAGACAAUGAAAGAUUACAGCAUCCGCAGACUGCAGAGGAUCCAGAACCCAGCACUUUGGCAAGUUUUUCAGUGGCAGAAGGAGCAGAUGAAGAAGGUCAAGAAUUCGAGAUGGGUGGAUGAGCGGCUCCUGUUCCACGGCACAAGCCCGUCCCACCUAGCUGCCAUCUGCGAGCAGAAUUUCGACUGGCGGGUCUGCGGGGCUCACGGGACGCUGUAUGGAAAAGGAAGCUACUUUGCUAGAGAUGCCAGUUAUUCUCAUCAAUACUGCUCAUCCGGCACUGGUCACCAGAGCAUGUUUGUAGCUCAUGUUCUUGUCGGAGACUUUGUUCAGGGAAACUCAGAAUACCUUCGUCCUCCGCCCAGACCAGGGAAUGUAAACAGGCUUUAUGACAGCUGUGUGGAUGAUCCAGGGGAUCCUUCCAUCUUUGUGAUCUUCGAGAAGCAUCAGAUUUACCCUGCCUAUAUUCUGGAGUAUAGCAGAGAGUCCAGGUGUAUGAUCCUUUAAAGGACGACAGAAAUUUAUUUGGACUAACUCUGAGAUACUUUUAUAAAUCUUUUUUUAAUGUA